AUUCCAAAUGCGAGAAAAUAACAAAGAUGGCUGAAGAACAGGAGGUGUGUCAGAUAGAGCUGCUGUGCAAACAGCUGUACGAGUCCCAGGAUCCCAUCAUCAGAGAGCAGGCUGAGAAGGCAGUUGUCGGCUUUCAGGAAUCUCCAGACACCCUCAGCAAAUGCCAAGCUCUGUUGGAACGUGCCGAUUCCAGUUACUCGCAGCUCUUGGCGGCCACAACUCUCGCUAAACUAAUUAGCAGAUCGACUACAAGUCUAUCGGUGCAGCAGCGCUUAGACAUCAGAAACUAUGUCCUCAACUAUCUCGCGACUCGGCCGAAACUGGCCAGUUUCGUCGUGCAGUCGUUGGUGUCGCUAUUCGCACGGAUCACCAAACUGGGCUGGUUCGACAUGGUCAAGGGGGAAUAUGUUUUCCACAACGUCAUGAACGACAUCUCCAGCUUCUUACAGGGUCCGGCAGAGAUGUGCGCUAUCGGUGUGCAACUGCUGUCGCAACUGGUGCUGGAGAUGAAUCAGGUCUCCGAGGCAGAUGCCAGUCGAUCGCUCUCCAAGCACAGGAAGAUUGCUUCGUCAUUUAGAGACACACAGCUGUUUGAGAUGUUCCGUCUGGCGUGCUCAUUACUAAGUGCAGCUCGGGGCAAGACAUUAGACAUGGCAGAUAGCGAACAGCAGACUUUGUUGGCCGGACUGCUCAGACUCGCUCACAGUUGUCUCACGUUCGAUUUCAUCGGAACAACCAGCGAUGAGUCCUCGGACGAUCUUUGUACAGUACAGAUCCCGACGUCGUGGCGGCCGACGUUCCUGGAGCCGGCGACGCUGGAGCUGUUCUUCGAGCUGCAGUCGAGCACCGCCGGCGCGCUGUCGGCGCUGGCGCUGGCCUGCCUGGUGCAGCUGGCGUCCGUGCGCCGCAGCCUCUUCAGCAACAGCGAGCGCGCCAAGUUCCUCGACCGCCUCGCGGCCGGCGUGCUCCGCAUACUGGACAACACGCAGGGUCUUUCAGAGCCGGCGAACUACCAUGAGUUCUGUCGGCUUCUAGCGCGACUCAAGUCCAACUACCAGCUGGGCGAGCUGGUCAUGGUUGAGAACUACCCGCGUCUCAUCGAGCUCGUCGCCAAGUUCACCGUCCAGAGUCUUCAGAUGUGGCAGUUUGCUCCGAAUUCGGUCCACUAUCUCCUGUCGCUAUGGCAACGCAUGGUGGCCUCCGUGCCGUACGUAAAGGCGACGGAGCCCCAUCAGCUGGAGACAUAUGCGCCAGGUAUCACCGCUGCCUACAUCAACUCCAGGCUCGACUCUGUUGCGGUUGUUAUCAGGGAGGGUCUGGAGGACCCGCUGGACGACACGGGCACCGUGCAGCAGCAGCUGGAGCAGCUGUCGGUGAUCGGGCGCUGCGAGUACGCCAAGACGUGCCAGCUGCUGGUGGCGCACUUCGACCGCGCGGCCGCCGAGUACAGCGUGGAGCAGCGCGCACACCAGCUGCCCGUGCUGCAAGGACAACUGACGUGGUUGGUGUACAUAAUCGGUGCAGCUAUUGGCGGCAGAGCGUCAGUGAUAACGUGCGACGAGAACGACGCGAUGGACGGGGAGCUGGUCUGCCGGGUGCUUCAACUCAUGGACCUCACGGACUCCAGACUGUCGAGGGGCGGCUGCGAGAAGCUGGAGCUUGCUAUGAUGUCGUUCUUCGAGCAGUUCCGCAAGAUAUACGUGGGGGACCAGGUGCAGAAGAACAGCAAAGUGUACCGUCGCCUGUCUGAAGUACUGGGCCUGAACGACGAGAGCCAGCUGCUCAGCGUUCUCAUGAGGAAGAUAAUCACAAAUCUGAAGUACUGGGGCAGUUCGGAGCAGAUCAUAUCGAAGACGCUCGGUCUGUUGAGCGACUUGAGCGGCGGCUACGCGUGCGUGAGGAAGCUGGUGAAGCUGGAGGAAGUGCAGUUCAUGUUGACGCAUCACACUGCCGAGCAUUUCCCAUUCCUGGGCAUCUCCGGCGUGGGCACGUCGGAGAUGCGCUGCCGCACCAAGCUGUACACGGCGCUGGGACGUCUGCUGAUGGUGGAGCUGGGGGAAGACGAGGAGCGGUUCCACGCCUUCAUGAUGCCGCUCACUGCGGCAUUCGAAAGCAUAAUCGGACUCCUGGGUCCACCAGAAAAUCCACUGUUCGCUUCGGAAGACGCUAAGAAGACCCUCAUCGGUUUGGCGCGAGACCUGCGAGGUUUAGCCUUCGCUUUCAACGCGAAGACCACGUAUAUGAUGUUGUUUGAUUGGAUCUACCCAGUAUACAUGAAGGUGUUACUUCGAGGGCUGGAGGCUUGGUUCUCCGAACCGGCGGUGACCACGCCGCUACUGAAGUUAGCUGCCGAACUGGCACAGAACAGGAAUCAGCGGCUGCACUUCGACGUCUCCUCGCCCAACGGGAUCCUGUUGUUCAGGGAGCUCUCCAGCAUCAUCUGCGCAUACGGCAGCAGAAUACUAACCAUAGACGUGAACAAGAAACAAAUGUACCCGAUGAAGCUGAAAGGGAUCUCGCUCUGCUUCUCCAUACUGAAGGCCGCGCUCUGCGGAAACUACGCGAACUUCGGUGUUUUCAGGUUAUACGGUGACGAAGCAUUAGACAAUGCACUCAAUAUGUUCGUGAAACUGUUGCUGAGUAUACCGCAGAACGAUCUUCUGGAGUACCCGAAGCUAUCGCAGACGUACUACGUGCUGCUGGAGCGGCUCGCGCAGGACCACAUGCCGUUCCUGGCCUCGCUGCAGCCCGACGCCACGCUCUACAUCCUGGCCUCCGUCUCCGAGGGACUCACCGCCUUGGACACAAGUGUGUGUACGGGAUGCUGUGCGACCCUGGACCACAUAGUCACAUACCUGUUUAAACAAUUAGUUCAGAAAACGAGCAACAAGGUUACGAACCCGCGGCAGGCGGCGCCGGAGACCAGCAACAUGUUCGUGGAGGUGCUGCAGCGCCGCCCCGAGAUCCUGCAGCAGCUGCUCGCCACCGUGCUGAACGUGAUAAUGUUCGAGGAGUGCUGCAACCAGUGGUCGAUGUCGCGGCCGCUGCUGGGGCUGGUGCUGCUCAACGAGGAGCACUUCGCGCGCCUGCGCGCCGAGCUCAUCGCGCGCCAGCCGCACGACAAGCAGCCGCAGCUCGCGCACUGGUUCAACGGGCUCAUGGCCGGCAUCGAGCCCAACCUGCUCACCAAGAACAGGGACCGAUUCACACAGAACCUGUCGAUGUUCCGGCGCGACAUCAACGAUCUGCUGAAGGGCGCCAGCGUCUGUUCACAGCCUUCCAACAACGACAUGAUGACGUCAUAACUGCUCGACGAAUGCGCGUGAACAUUUAUCACUGUGAGGUACGGUCCGCGUCGCAUUCGACGGCGUGACACGCUCGCGAGUGUUCUUGUUGCUAUACAAUGUGUAGCAGAAAUAUAACGCAAUCCCAUAUAUAUCAAGUUGUACUGUAUUUUUAACCGACUUCAAAAAGGACGAGGUUCUCAAUUCGACUGUAUGUUUUUUGUUUUUGUAUUUAUUCUAAAACAUUUAAUUACACACAUUACACUAGGAAAUCCUUCUUGUAUCAUGGAGGUAUUAAACAAAAGUGUAUAAAGACAAAGAUUGUGGCUGGUUAAAUAAUUUCUUGGCCUUUUAAAUAACUGUUCCGUGCGGAAUUCGAAUCCGCGACCCGCAGGUGAAUGCUUGACUACUGUGCUACUGACCCGUCUAAAUAAAUUAGGAUAUUGAUUGGAAUCAUAAUACACAAAAUAUUUUUAAUGAGCUUUAACUUUGUUUAAAAAAAAAAUAGGCCAUUCCUGCCGAUAAGUAUGGGCAUACUACAAAUGUUUGUGUGUAAUAAUGUAAUUAUAUUUGUUAUUAUGUGCAUGUGUGAAGAUGGCAGCGUGGUGACCUGUCUUAUUGCCUUAAUUUACGCCUUAUACUAUUUUUUUUAUUUUAGAAUAUUUUUAGAAGGAAAAAUAUAUCUGUAUUAAAACUAUCAGAAAUCGAUUCUAAAAGAAUUACUUCCAGAUUGAGUAAUCGAUUUUGAAGGAACUGCUUCCAGGGGUUGCGUUAUAUGUUACAAUCCGUAUACUUUGGAUGGAUACAAAAUUAUACAAAAUCAGCACUUGGCAAUAGGUCUGUGCCUGAAUCUGUUGUCAUAGAAUUCAUAUAAAUCGAUUGUAAACAUUCAAUUCUACGCCAUAUUGGCUAUUAAUGUAAUAUUCACACCAUUACUCAGCGAUGUUUUUUUUUGUUUCAUAUUAUUUCGACUUUCUUUAACGAUACAUUCCUCUCAUUACACAACGCCACUGAACAAUAGAUACGUCAGACUCUGCUAAUAGGGUCACCUUACUUUAGAAUAUAUCCGGACAAGUCCGAAAAAAGAGGCUAAGUUUUUAAAUAUAUGGUUUUCCAUUAAUUAAUAAAUUCUACAAAGAUAACAAAACUAUAGCUACAUUAAAUGUCUGGAAUUUUCAAUUUUAUAUACAAUCGUCGAAUAAUUAGGUAACAAGUGUCCGGUCAAAUACCGAGGCGCACACUAAAUCUCAUUAUCCACUAUAACGACACUUAAAAACGGUAGUACGGUUGUGUUAUCAUUAUUGGAUAAAGUAGCGAUAUUCACAAUACAUACAAUUACACUACAAAAUGAAUCCCUACUUCUUAGACCUAUAAAUAAAUAUAUUGACAGUUAAAUGAAAAUGCACGCAAACGUCGACCUUAUCUCCAACUACUAAGGUUAUUAGUUGCUUAACAUGUUAACUGUUUUAACCGUUUUUUAAUUAAUUAAGCAAACGUCCUAAACUUGAUGUUAGAUAGACUUUGUAUUAUCAGAUUUUUAUCUUUACUUCGAGAUACAAUAGAUGUCGCCUCUGUCCUCUUCGAAAAUCUUAUAUGAAAUAAAUACACAUUAUUGAUUUUCAAAUACUUCAGUAUCAUUAUUGUAGUCUCUCAGUCCAUAGCUAAACCUGGCCCCAUAUGUUAUUUACAGAGAAGGUGGCAGGGGGUUCAUGAUAUGUUUACCAUAUUGGUAGACAUAUGGGUGACAGAAAUAUGUUGUUAUUUCUGUUAAACGAUAUUUAUCUCCCUGAUUCUGCUGAAUGUCUAUGGGACUAUAGUAAAAUUAUUUACUUUUGUUCAGUGGAUCAUGGAAGAAUUUCUUUUUUUUAAUUAAAGAAUAUUGUGUCUCGACUGUUUUUUUUUUAAUAUUAUAUAAACUAAGUGUUUGUCUGAACGUAGUGUCACUAAUGAAUUGACACGACAAUCAAACUAUGUAAAUCUGUUAGCUUAUUUAAGGAUAAAAAUGAGUUAAAUUUGUUGAUAUUAUGUUAAGUAGAAAAGAGCAAACAUGAGAAAAAAAAAGUUUACAUGUUCUAUGUAACGUUGCAUUCAACGUUGAUUUUAGAGCCGUCUCAGUCUAUACUCUUCAUUUUAUAUAAGAUUCUAUUGGAUACGGUUUUGUGCACGCGUUCAUAUCGAUACGGUUUUAAGACUUGUCACGUGUUUCUUCUGUAUAAUAAUAAUUUUACAAGUUGGAAGUUAAUUAAUCGAUCUUGUGUAGAAUUUGUUUUGAAAUUUUUCAGAAAUUUGAAAUUUGAGAAAAAGUCCAUUUCCGAAUUAAUAAUGGAAAAAACUCCCACACGUUUCUGCAUUGCGAUCUGAUUGACUUCACAUGUCAGCAGAAUAUUAUUUUACCAGAUAUAAAGCUUUUAGGAAGUUUUUCUUUAUCUUCUAAUGUCUAAAUGUCAUUGUAAAUCAGUACUUAAAAUUACAUUAAAUUGUUUCGGACAGCGGUAAUUAGAUUCGGUUGCUUGUGGGAUAAUUAAACACAUUAAAAAUAUACUUUACAUAAAUUAUAUUAUUUACACUUUCCUGUGUUGCCUGCAUAAAAAUGCUACGAAGGGCGGAUUUAAGGCAUUUCAAACCAGUCAACUCUUACAAAUGUUUUAAUCAAACAAACAGUACCUACUGGUGAAAGUUUUAGACACUAUGGCAUCACCGUAGAUAUAUACUCAAAAUGGACAUGCUACUGACCGAUUUGAUUUAAAAUUGAAAAUCUUCGUUUAGAAGAAGGCGUGUUUUUUUUCCUAGUUUCUCUUCCAUUGGAGUGAUGUGGCUCUAAUGUUGCAUUACUCCUAGGUACUAUAAUUCACUACUAAUUAACGAAUGUAUACUUUUUGUUCACAUCGAAUCUAUUACAAAUUUACUAAAUAUUAAAAAAAAUUGUUUAUACUAAAAAUUUAAAUAAUUUUCCAUUUUAUUUUUGUGUUUUAUUUUUUUUUCAUACUUCCUGUACAUUUAUUUUUCUUCACAAUUUUGAUUAUAAAUCUCUUGCGUUUUACUAGUUUAUACUAUUAUAAAACCAUAAUAAUAUUAUAUUAUAUGAAAUAUUUUGCUUUCGUGUCAUACGUGACGCUCAAUCCGGUGACACUAUACACCGCUCCCAUAUAGGCACCACAAAAUGUUAAUUACCAUAAAAAAUUAAGCGUUUUUAUAGUAACGAUUCGUUCAGAUUUUGUGGCUGCCGAUGCAGAAAUGAAAUGUGUGUACGUAACAGGCAUAUUGUGCGCUCGCACGCAUUUACAGGUCUUACGGCAACACUUGAUUACAAUUUUUGCGUUGUAAAUUGAUCGAAAAACCUACAAUAUUUAAAUGAAAUCCGUUGUCCAUGCAUUACAGCCUAUAAAAGUUCACUGCUGAUCAUAUGCCUCCCCUAUGAAUUGCAUUAUAGUGGUAACUUUGCCAUAGUUACCACUCUGGGCAGGCUGGGGUGCUUUUUAUUAGGGAGAUGCUGCUGACCAUGUCUUGUUCCAGUUUCCCUCUGUCGCCUUUUACGACGCGCGCUUACAUCAGUACGCCAAACAUGUUUUUGAUCCCGUCUGCGGUGAGAAAACGUGUUUAGUAUAUGUUAUCUCUAUGUAGUUAUUAUAGUUUUACCUUUAAGUGAAUUUGUUUUCGACCGACUUCAAAAAGGGAACGGUACUCAAAUCGAUUCUGUUUUUUAUUAUAUGUGUUACCUCAUAACUUUUUUCUGGGUGAACAGAUUUCGAUGAUAAUUUUUUUAUUUGAAAGCCGGUGCUUUACAUGCGGUCCCAUAUAAAUUUGAUCAAGGUCUGACCAAUAGUUUUUGAGUUAUUCUUAAUAAUUUAUAUUGAAGUUGGUUGUACAAAAUUUUUAAUUUUAAAUUAUGUUUUGUCUUGUCUUUUAUAAAAUUACUAAAGAAAACAAUGUACACUGUAGUGCAUUGAAUGGCGAGUAAUCGAAUGUGUUGACUUUCGUUAAAUUUUACGAUGUAAUAUAAAAGCGCGCCGUGCACAAAACCGUGUCAUGUCAUGGUGACAGAAACCGGGACGCGUGUAGUUGCGAAUGAUGUAACCCCUCAACAACGUUACGUUUUAUAUAGCUUAUCAUUAUGAUCCAAGAAGAUAUAUUUAUAUGUUACUUUAGGUUUGUAACGAAGUGGGUGCGUGUCGUGCUACGUUGUAAAUAGUAAAAUAAAUUGUGAUUUGUAC